GAAUGCUUUGCUUGGUUUGGAUUCGAUUUGUAUUAGGGAAAGAAUCAGUCUGUGAGAAUCAGUUUACCUAAUAUUGUUUGUCUUUUCCUUUUGUCUUUUAUGUUUCGUUUAAUUGGUUAUUUAAUUUGAGUUUAAAUUGGAUCAAACAACUUAAGCGUUUAAUCAACUUAAUCAGUUAAAACCUGGUCAAAAUGGCGGAUUUAGAAGCGGUUUUAGCUGAUGUUAGUUAUCUGAUGGCGAUGGAAAAAUCAAAGUCAACUCCAGCCGCACGAGCCUCCAAAAAGAUUGUCUUACCCGAUCCCAGUGUUCGAAGUGUAAUGCACAAAUAUUUGGAUAAAAUGGAUGAAAUAUCCUUCGAUAAGAUAUUCAACCAAAAAUUAGGUUUUUUGUUAUUUAAAGAUUUUUGUGAAAAUGUAUGUGACGUUGCUGUACCACAGUUAAAAUUUUAUGAAGAGAUUAAGAGGUAUGAAGAAUUGGAGACUGUAGAGGAAAGGCGGAAAGCCGCCCGAGGAAUUUAUGACAAUUUCAUAAUGAAAGAACUCUUAUCACAUUCGCAUAAUUAUCCUAAAGAAGCGGUUAAUCAUGUACAAAAAUCUCUCAUGAGAAAUGAAGUUCCAGUAACUUUAUUUCAACCCUACAUCGAAGAGAUUUUUAGCCAAUUAAGAGGUGAUAUUUUUAGGAAAUUUAUUGAAAGUGAAAAAUUUACAAGAUUCUGCCAAUGGAAAAAUCUGGAGUUAAACAUUCAACUUACUAUGAAUGAUUUCAGUGUUCACAGAAUCAUUGGUAGAGGUGGUUUCGGAGAAGUUUAUGGUUGUAGGAAAGCAGAUACUGGUAAAAUGUAUGCCAUGAAAUGUUUGGAUAAGAAGCGAAUUAAGAUGAAACAAGGAGAAACCUUAGCUCUGAAUGAGCGUAUAAUGUUAUCUCUAGUCUCUACUGGUGAAGACUGUCCGUUCAUUGUGUGUAUGACGUACGCCUUCCAAACACCAGAUAAAUUAUGUUUCAUACUGGAUCUAAUGAAUGGUGGUGAUCUUCAUUAUCAUCUCUCUCAACAUGGUGUCUUCAGUGAACAAGAGAUGAGAUUUUAUGCUGCCGAAGUCAUCCUUGGUCUUGAACAUAUGCAUAAGCGUUUUGUUGUAUACAGAGAUCUCAAACCAGCCAAUAUCUUAUUAGAUGAACAUGGCCAUGUUCGCAUAUCCGAUUUAGGACUGGCCUGUGAUUUUUCUCGCAAAAAGCCUCAUGCCUCCGUAGGAACUCAUGGUUAUAUGGCACCUGAAGUAUUAUCUAAAGGAACAGCUUACGACUCAAGUGCAGAUUGGUUCUCUUUAGGUUGUAUGUUGUACAAACUAUUGAAAGGUCAUUCUCCCUUCAGACAACAUAAAACUAAAGAUAAACACGAAAUUGAUCGUAUGACCAUGACAAUGAACGUUGAGCUUCCCGAUUCCUUUUCUCUCGAAUUAAAAUCCCUUCUAGAAGGUUUACUUCAGAGGGAUGUCGAUAAAAGGUUAGGAUGUAAAGGGGGAGGAGCAGACGAGGUAAAAGAGCAUCCAUUUUUUAAAGGAAUCGAUUGGCAGUUGGUCUACCUUCAAAAGUAUCCACCUCCCUUAAUACCUCCCAGAGGUGAGGUUAAUGCUGCUGAUGCCUUUGACAUUGGCUCAUUUGAUGAAGAAGACACGAAAGGAAUCAAAUUAACUGAUGCUGAUCAGGAUCUGUACAAAAAUUUUCCUGUUGUAAUCAGUGAACGAUGGCAGCAAGAGAUCUCGGAAACAGUAUUUGACACCAUUAAUAUUGAAACAGACAAAAUUGAACAAAAACGCAAAGCCAAAUUAAAAUGUAGAUUUGAAGAUGAAAAGGAAUCAGAUUGUAUACUUCAUGGUUACCUUAAAAAACUUGGCGGACCUUUUGCCUCUAAUUGGCAAACAAGGUACGGUAAACUUUACCCCAAUCGACUUGAACUUCAUAGUGAAUCUGUCAACACUAAGCCCGAACUCAUAUUUAUGGAUCAAAUUGAAGACAUCUCACCAGAAUAUGUUCAAAUUAAAAGUGAAAACUCAAUUAUUCUCAAGUUAAAAGGUGAACCUGGAAAAGAUGCCAAAGUUGUGUUAACAAAUUCUGAUGAAAUUGGACUCAAAGAAUGGUUACACUCUCUCAAAUCAACUCAUAAAGAUUCUGUUGAGCUUCUCGGAAAUAUGGCCAAAAAAGCUACCAAAAUUUACGGAGCUGAAAAUCGUACAACUCCAUCCAAUAUAUCUUCUGGGCUUAACACUAGCUCUUCGGCAGCUCAUCAUGCCACUAGUGUUUUAAGUAAUCGCAAUAGCAAUUGAUUUGUUACAAUCACAUUUCAAUGCUCAUUAAAACACAGAUACUUACCGGUUAUUAGUUGCUAAUGGAUUACCAAAUCUAAGCAUACUGACUCAUUUGAACUUAAAUUGAA